AUUUAUAAUUUGAAUUGUUUCAAUAAUAACAGAACACUACAGAUAUUCUGUAAUAAUAAUAUGAAUACGAUUUGAAUUCAAUAAUAAAUUUGAAAAUGAGCGAAUUUAAAUUAUAUGACAUUGUCAAUGCUCUUCUCACAUCAUUAGGUGGAAGAACCAGUAAAGUGACCCCCGAAAAACUGGUGGAAUACUUACAAGAGAGCCAAUCUGUGAAUACAGCCGGUUGCCAGGUUGUUAUCCAGAAACAUUUAACACGUCUCUGCCAGGAUAUUCCAGACUCUGACCAUUUCUUGUUGAAAUACAAUGAUUUGAAGGAUAAAAACGUUGAUUCUCUGGAUGCAUAUGUUCAGUUGCUGGAUUACAUCUCCCAAGAUGCUAGCCUAAAGGAUUUUUUACAGAAAAGCAAACCAUCUCCUAGUAUCCGAACUGAAUUCACGAAAGAUGAUCUACCACAA